AUGCCACGUCAAUACCGGCGGGUACCGGGAGAAUUCAGUGCCAAAAGUUAUGCGGAGUGCUGUCUUGUUUUGCAGUGGACGUACCAGGCCAUGGUUCAUGAGCUCCUGGGAAUCAACAACAAUCGAAUUGAUCUUUCCCGUGUGCCUGGAAUCAGCAGGGACCUGAAGGAAGUGGUGCUCUCUGCUGAGAAUGAUGAAUUCUAUGCAAAUAACAUGUACCUCAACUUCGGUGAAAUCGGCACCAACAUCAGGAACCUGAUGGAGGAUUUUCAGAAAAAGAAACCAAAGGGCCAACAGAAACUGGAGUCCAUUGCAGACAUGAAGGCCUUUGUGGAGAACUACCCACAGUUUAAGAAGAUGUCAGGGACUGUGUCCAAACAUGUCACAGUGGUUGGAGAGUUAUCGCGAUUGGUCAGUGAGCAUCACUUGAUGGAGGUGUCUGAGGUGGAGCAGGAGUUGGCCUGUCAGAAUGACCACUCCAGUGCCUUGCAGAAUGUGAGGAAACUGCUGCAGGAUCCCAAAGUGACGGACCUGGAUGCAGUGAGGCUGGUGAUGCUGUAUGCUCUGCGGUAUGAACGCCACAGCAACAGUAACCUAGCCUCACUGAAGGAGGCACUGACCCGUAGGGGAGUAUCAGACAAGUACAAGCGGUUGGUGUCGGUCAUUGUGGAAUAUGGUGGAAAACGAUUCCGGGGAAGUGACCUCGUGACUCCAAAGGAUGCUGUUGCCAUCACGAAGCAAUUCUUUAAAGGAUUGAAGGGUAUUGAAAAUGUAUACACACAACACCAGCCACUGCUUCAGGACACCUUGGACCAGCUUAUUAAAGGGAAGCUGAAGGACAGUCAAUACCCGUAUCUUGGACCAAGUACACUGCGAGACCGUCCGCAAGAUGUCAUUGUGUUUAUCAUCGGAGGAGCGACAUAUGAGGAGGCACAGACUGUCUACAAUCUGAACCGUACCAAUCCAGGAGUGAGGAUUGUGCUGGGUGGAACGACCAUUCACAACACCAAGAGUUUUCUCGAAGAAGUUGCAGCUUCAGGAAUCCAGAGCCGAGUAUCGGAGAGACCACGUGGAGUGAGCCGAUCAUCAAGACGAUGAAGUCCUGGGAUAUCCUUGGUUCUACCUUUCCUAACCAUCAUAUUUCUAAAUGAUCUGGACUAUGAUUUGGGCUAGUGUGACUGUUCCUGCUGUUGUGAAUGCUUUGUUUCUCCUUGUUUCAUUAAAUACAAAUUUAAAUUCAA